GAAAACGCAUAUUGUCGUGUAUACUUAAAAGGCUGAUAAACGCGUUAAGAAGAAGAAAAAAGAAGAGGGCGAGGCUUGUCCUUCACGCUUCUAUUCACGCUUCUUCUCCUUCGUCUUCUUCUUCUCCUUGGCAUUCCCGCUCGCUCAGAGACAUUAAUACAAGCACUUUGCAUGCAAUAAAAAUUCACUCUUUAUACUAAUUUUAAGCAAGAAGAAAAAAAAUGAAGUACGUGUUGGUUACCGGAGGAGUCGUUAGUGGACUCGGAAAGGGCGUCACGGCCAGCAGCCUAGGCGUCGUCCUUAAAGCAUGUGGCCUUCGUGUCACUUCCAUCAAAAUUGAUCCUUAUCUAAACAUGGAUGCUGGAACCAUGUCUCCUUUUGAGCAUGGAGAGGUUUUUGUUCUUGAUGACGGUGGAGAGGUUGAUUUGGAUUUGGGUAACUAUGAGCGCUUCCUAGAUGUUACUCUUACUAAAGAGAACAAUAUUACCACUGGAAAGAUAUAUCAGUCCGUCCUUGAAAAGGAAAGGAGAGGUGAUUAUCUCGGAAAGACUGUUCAGGUUGUUCCACACAUCACGGAUGCUAUUAAGGAUUGGAUUGAGUCAGUUGCUCUCAUUCCUGUGGAUGGAAAAGAGGGUCCUGCAGAUGUCUGUGUGAUAGAGUUGGGAGGCACUGUUGGCGACAUUGAAUCAAUGCCAUUCAUUGAGGCUUUGCGGCAGUUGUCCUUUUCAGUUGGGCAAGAUAACUUCUGCCUCAUUCAUGUCAGCCUAAUACCUGUGCUGGGUGUUGUUGGAGAGCAAAAAACUAAACCUACGCAGCAUAGUGUCCGGGAACUUAGAGCCUUAGGCUUGACUCCUCAACUGCUUGCAUGUCGCUCUGCUCAGCCUUUAUUGGAUAAUACAAAGGAGAAACUUUCACAAUUUUGUCAUGUUCCAGUUGCCAACAUACUGAAUAUUCAUGAUGUUCCCAACAUUUGGCAUAUUCCUCUCUUACUUAGAAGCCAAAAUGCUCAUUAUUCAAUUCUGAAACAGCUAGAUCUACUCAGCAUUGCCACACCUCCAGAUUUAGAAGCUUGGACCAGGAUGGCAGAAACUUUUGAUAAUCUGACUGAUUCCGUGAGGAUUGCUAUGGUGGGGAAGUAUGUUGGUCUGACAGACUCGUAUCUUUCUGUUGUUAAGGCGCUUUUACAUGCCUGCAUUUCAUGUUCUUUGAAGCCAUCUAUUGACUGGAUUGCAGCUUCAGACCUCGAAGAUGAUACUGCUCAAUUGACACCUGAAGCUCAUGCUGCUGCGUGGAAGACUUUAAGAAAUGCUGAAUGUGUCCUAGUUCCUGGUGGAUUUGGAGACCGUGGUGUAAGAGGAAUGAUACUGGCAGCAAAAUAUGCUAGAGAGAAUAAUGUUCCCUAUCUUGGCAUUUGCUUGGGCAUGCAGAUCUCUGUAAUUGAGUAUGCCAGAUCUGUUCUUGGUUUUGAAAGGGCAAACAGUACAGAGUUUGAUGAGCAGACACCUAAUCCUGUCGUCAUUUUUAUGCCUGAAGGCUCAAGAACACAUAUGGGAAGCACAAUGAGAUUAGGAUCUCGAAGAACACUAUUCCAGACCCCUGAUUGUGUCACUUCUAAAUUGUACGACAAUCCACAGUAUGUAGAUGAACGACACCGGCAUAGAUAUGAGGUAAACCCAGAUGCAAUUGGGCUUCUUGAAGAAGCUGGGCUGAAAUUUGUUGGGAAGGAUGACACUGGGAAAAGGAUGGAGAUUCUGGAGCUUCCAGGGCAUCCAUUUUAUGCAGGAGUGCAGUUUCAUCCAGAAUUUAAAUCACGACCAGGGAAGCCCUCGCCACUAUUUUUAGGUCUUAUAUUAUCUGCAAAAGGACAAUUGGAAGCAUAUCUUCACAAGCAUCAAAAUGGAAGUUGAUUUGCAAGUUAUAAUGAUACAUCCGAAUCAGUUUUACAAGGUGGACAUUGAUAGAUUUUUGAGGUGUUAUGCUAUAGAUAUACGCAAAAGGGUUCUUCAAGUGGAUCCUUAUUGCAAUACAACUUGAAUUUAGGCCUUCAGCUCUUACCCAACUCAUUCUUGACUGUUAUAAUUGAGUCGUUGCUGCAUAUGUAUUUGAUUUGAUAUUCACCGGGCAAAUUUUCAGGGUUGGUUCCUAAAAGUCGUAGAAAUUUGUGACAGAUAAAACAUUCUUAAGACUUAUUUCCUUUUUAUCGUGCAAGUUUUUUAUUGGAUGAAACUCAUGAGGUUAGGGGUGAGGAAGAACAUUUUCUGAGGAAAAGCAUCUCUUCCAAAUUGCCAUGUCGUUUCAUGUAAUUUGUGUAUCAAUAAUGAGCACUUUAAAAAAAAAAAAAAAAAAAGGAACUCAACGCUGUGCAUUUUGAAGGGGUUAUUUAUAUUUUGGUUGGCAAAAGUGUCUGCCGUUCUGUUACUCACGGUGUACAUGAUUGAUUUUUCAACAACAUGAUGGAUUUCUAGUAUGAUUCAUUUUAACUCGUUGCUUCAGACUUGAUACGGCUCAGCCCAAUCAUACUUUUGAUGCCGUUUCCCGGCUUUAGGAAUUUGUACCUCCCAUUACAAAUUUUAUUUUUUGUCACAAGUAAAAAUUUUUCAACCACUUGCUAUUUGCUAUGGGCUAUAGUAAACCAUUUCCUCUCAAUUUUUUCUUAAAUUUUUUAAUCCUUUCUCCUAUCUUUUGUGUUUUCUUUGUCUUGACUUUAUUAAAGUGGAUUAUACGUUUUUUGUUUUUUUUGCCCAACACAGUAGCCUUUGAAAUGGGUGAUUUUAGUUAAACUCGCAUGAAUGGCCAAUGCCAGUAUAAUAAAUCAGAGCGUUGUAAGUUUUGGCAAAUACACGUCCUAUUCCAAUCAAUUUCCCUAUGUUUACUAGUUCAAUAAACUAGUAGUAUGCUUUUGAUUGUUUAUUGGCAUUAAUUUUCUUUCAGUCUGCACAUGCAAAACCGUAUAAGUAGUACUAACGCAAACGCAUCAACAUCCAAUUUUUUUUCAGUUCUUAUUGAUAAAUUUGUGAACGCUCGAAUCCUCGUUAUUUACAAAAAUAACAAAAAGAAGCAGUGUCUGAUCUCUAGCGAAAAAAUUUUCUGCAAAAGCCGCAGACUCAAAAAAAAAAAAAAA